UUGGUCUGCAGCAUCAUUGUCAGCUCGCGAAUAUGCCUUUCCAUCUCAUCACCUUCACCGCCACCAAUGACAUCGCCGUGGUGCCAGCGAGCUGGUGUUACAAUGGCGAGGUGUCCUGGCCUCGCUAUAAAAGCCCGGAGAGGAUCAAGAGAGCAGUCGCCAACUCUGAAGAACCAGAGCCAAACUGGCCCCAGUACUUCAUGAGAAUCAUCAAAAGCUGUGCCCAAUAUGAAGAGUGUGAGGCGAUGCUCCGGUCCUAUGCGGGAGGCUGCAACACGUCGGACCUGCAGACGGAUGCAGAGAUGGAGACAGAUCUGCCAUCUAAACGUCGUAGGAGGCCAGUACAGCGUAUGGGACAGGAAACCUCCAGCGAUGAGGACAUGGGGGCACCUGAAGAGCUUCCCCAGCUCCAGAGCUCCCCCAUCAUGGGACGAACUCCCUCAAGGGUGAAUAAAGGAACAGCAGCAGCACCCAUCCUCCCACCACUCCCUGAACUGCAGAGGUCGAGCCCAUGCCAGGAAGAGAUGCCACAUGAUGCCUCCUUCUCUGAGCUUCCCCAGCUCCAGAGCUCCCCCAUCAUGGGACGAACUCCAUCAAGGGUGAAUCAAGGAGCACCACCCAUCCUCCCACCACUCCCUGAACUGCAGAGGUCGAGCCCAUGCCAUGGAGGAAAGCCCCAUGAUGCCUCCUUCUCUGCUUUUGAGGUCCAGAGGCUGAAGCUCCUCCAGAAAAUUGUACACCAGAAUGACCAGAUUUUGGCCAAACUGGACUUCUUGGCUAGCCGGCAAGGUGGCCCCAGUGGAGACCAGACCUCUUUUCCAGAGAUUGCCGGCUGCAACUUUGAGUUUCCUCUGGAGGAUCUGCAGGAAGUAGAGAGAUUGGAAACUUUUCUCAAAGACCAGGCCAAUGCCUCAACGAGGCAACAAAUUAUAUCUUCUCUAUCCAUAAUUGGAGGCCAGGACUUGAAGAGAAUUACCUGGAACGUUCUUGGGAAAAUCUUUGGGGAUGCCGUGGCCUGCCAGAUCAACUGGAAAGGAGUUAACAACAAGAGGGCUUUCAGCCGGAUGGCCAUCAGGCCUCUUCUUUUCUGCGCCGUGAGGAAAAACCCCCUCACAAAGGCAGCGAUGGAUGAGGACAUCAGCAAACAUGCCAUCCGGUGGUUCAACCUUGCUGGUGAUCGGGCCACCAGGAAGGCGAAAGAAAGGCCUACAGUUUAA